GUCAUCUCAUAAACCAAAGGGGAAUUUUUCCCCCCUCACUCUUCUCCAGCAACAAAGACCAGGAUGGAAAAGUCAUUGUGCAUGCUGCCUGCAGUGCUUUUUCUGGGACUUUUGACACACAGUGCUGCAGCACUGAUAAACACCCCAGCACCGACUAAGAGUUAUGCAUUAAUCAACUACACAACAACAACAAGGCCAACUCUGAAUUGGACCGAGGCUGUGAAGGGCGAGAGCAGGGACGGAACGACUCCAGCAACAGCAGACCCAGACAUUUUCACCACCACUGUCAGAGACAAACAGCUGGACACCACGGACACCAGCAAAGAAAGAAACAAGAAAGAGAAAGACCCAAGAGACCGCAAGACUGAAGAUGACAAAUCGAAACUGGACUGUCCUCCCCUCGGCCUGGAGUCUCUGCGAGUUGAUGACAGCCAGAUUCAAGCUUCGUCCUACCAGCGGUCGGGGCUAGGUCCUCACAGGGGGAGGCUGAAUAUCCAGUCUGGCAUUGAGGAUGGAGAUCUGUAUGAUGGAGCUUGGUGUGCCGAGUAUAAGGACCGGCACCAGUGGCUCGAGGUGGAUGCCCUUCAUCUCACUCUGUUUACUGGAGUCAUUCUGCAAGGGCGAAACUCCAUCUGGAGUUGGGACUGGGUCGAAACCUACAAAGUUCAGCUGAGUAAUGACUCUGUAACCUGGCAUACCUCCAUGAACGGGACGCAGGAAGCGCUAUUUGAAGGAAACCAGAAUCCUGAGACGCCGGUUCUUGGGCUCCUUCCUGUUCCCACCGUUGCCCGUUUCAUCCGCAUCAACCCACAGACCUGGUACUCCAACGGGACCGUCUGCCUCAGGACUGAAAUACUUGGCUGCCGUGUUCACGAUCCAUCUGACAUUUACUCAACGCAUGAAUCAGGAUCCAAGGAUGCUCUGGACUUUAGACACCACAACUACAAAGAGAUGAGAAAGCUCAUGAAGUCUGUGACGGAGGAGUGUCCCGACAUCACCCGCGUCUACACUAUAGGGAGGAGCUACAUGGGCCUCAAACUCUACGUUAUGGAGAUCUCAGAUAACCCGGGCAAACACGAAAUCGGGGAACCUGAGUUUCGCUACGUGGCAGGGAUGCAUGGAAAUGAAGCUCUUGGUCGAGAGCUUGUCCUAAACCUCAUGCAGUAUAUGUGCAAAGAAUACAAAAAGGGCAACCAGCGUAUUGUACGGCUGGUCACCGAGACGCGAAUCCACCUCCUGCCUUCCAUGAACCCAGAUGGAUAUGAGGAGGCUUAUGUGAAGGGUUCAGAACUGUCUGGAUGGGCUGAGGGACGAUACAGCUUUGAAGGAAUCGACCUGAAUCAUAACUUCCCAGACCUGAACAACAUUAUGUGGGACACCGAAGAAAAAGCAGCAGAUAAAUCCAAAGUGCCCAACCACUACAUCCCCAUCCCAGAAUACUACACCAAAGAAGACGCCACAGUUGCACCAGAGACACGUGCGGUCAUCAGCUGGAUGCAGGACAUUCCCUUUGUGCUCAGCGCCAACCUCCAUGGUGGAGAGCUUGUUGUUACCUAUCCCUUCGACUGCACCCGUGACUGGGCGCCACAGGAAGACACGCCAACAGCAGACAACGCCUUCUUUCGCUGGCUGGCCUCGGUCUAUGCCUCGACUAACCUGGUGAUGGCCAACCCGGACCGACGUAUCUGCCACUACGAGGAAUUUCAGUCACAUAACAACAUCAUCAACGGCGGAGCCUGGCACACGGUUCCUGGCAGUAUGAACGACUUCAGUUACCUGCACACCAACUGCUUCGAGGUGACAGUGGAGCUGUCCUGUGAUAAGUUUCCUCAUGUUAGUGAACUCCCCAUCGAGUGGGAGAACAAUAAGGAGUCUCUGCUGGUUUACAUGGAGCAGGUUCACAGAGGCAUCAAAGGUGUGGUCAGGGACAAGCUCACCAAAAAAGGAAUAGCAGAUGCUAUAAUCAAGGUGGAGGACCAUGACCAUGACAUCCGAUCAGCCACUGAUGGGGACUACUGGCGUCUUCUGAACCCAGGCGAGUACAAGGUGAUCGUUUGGGCCGUGGGUUACUUCCCAUCCAUGCGUCGGUGCAAUGUCGGCAUGGAACCAAAUCCCACCAUCUGUGACUUCAUCCUCACCAAAACACCCAUCCAGAGGCUGAAGGAGAUCAGGGCCAAAGGGGGGAAGAUCCCGCAGGAUCUUCAGCUGCGUCUUCGUGCUUUGAGGCUCCGAAAGCUACGGGCUAGCACCAAGGCAAUCAACCGCCGCAGGGAGGGUCAGCGGAUGAGAAGAGCUCGGUCCUCUCAAGCCUGGAAAGCAUGAGAGGAGAUGGGAGAACGGGUUCAUGAACUGUCCUCUGGGAAAAUUACAUUUCUGCUGUUAAAGGAGCUCACCUGGUUAACAAAAAGUAUUUCUCAAAUAUCAAAACAUGCAGACCGUUUUAUGUCUCUGACACUGUUCUCAGUUUGGGGACCCUUCAGGCUAUGACAGGCACAUAAACUCUUGGGGACAAUGUUAUUGCAGAACAGGUUUUUAAAUUGGUUCAAGUAUCCUUAAAAGUUACGCAAAGAGUUCCUAAAUUGUGAAUUUACUGGGUUUUUUUUUCUUUUGUACAUUAACUAAGGUGAGGAUUUCCGUGUCAGCUGGCCUGAUGUCAUAAAUUUUCUAAAAGUGUUUUUUUUUUAUUUUUUAGUUUGAUUGUCUGACUAAAGUCCAACUGGACCAAUAAAGUUAAAUAACUGUGU